UGGGAAAAUGCAGAAAUCUUAGACAGAGGAAACUCCAAAAACACCAGAGAAUUUUUAGAAGCCUGGCACUCAAGUCAAUCAGCAAUCAACAAGCAUAUUGAAAUCAAUCCAAUUUAUCAACCAAUCAGGAAAAUCAUGCAUAAAUAUAGGAACAAAAAUCAAACCAAUGGGAGACACAACCAAAACAAAGAAGUAAACAAUGAUAAAUGUAAGGUCAACAAGAACCAAUCAACAUCGAGGUGCACAGAACAAGCUGUGAAACACAUAUGGAGAAAUUCGAAUACUUCACUUCUAUCUGAAGUUUGUUCUGAUGAUGUCGUUCAGAAGAACGAUGAAAGCUCCACGACCAAACCAUCCAGCUCAGAGAACAAAACACCACCAAAAUGUAAUUUAUGAAUACAUAUUUCCAAUAAACUGGUCAUGAGUCUUUAUUGGUCUCUUUGGAAAGUAAACCUAAUUUUUUCCUGAAGUCACACUCAAUCACAGCUUGUCUGCCUGAUCUUACAAUUAUUCUACGUAUUUUUGAUGAACAGCAAUAAAAUGGAUUGAUGUAAUGUAAUACGAUCUAAUGAUUAAGUGCGGAUUUAUAUAUCUUACUGAGCUACACGUUUCCUGUCCGGUUUAGUGGCAGUGUUUAUCAUUGAAAAGCGUACCCCAGAAGUACAUAAACCUUGUAAAGGCUCUUUACUCGAACACUAUCAGUGGAGUCAGGGCUUAUGGCGAACUGUCAUCUGCUUUGCAACCUCAAGUGGUGCCCGUCAAGGCUGUCCACUUUCUCCAUUUCUGUUUAAUUUCAUCAUAGACCUACUGGUGGAAAUAACAUUCUCGUCGACUGAAUUCUCGGGUAUUGAUCUCCUACCAGGAGGUCCACUUAUCGACUUAGAAUACGCAGAUGAUAUAGUCCUGUUUGGUGAAGACGCUGAUAAAAUGCAGAGUCUUUUGGUAGCACUGAGCAACAAUGUCAGAAUGUUUGGAAUGCGCUUCUCUCCCUCUAAAUGCAAGUUGUUGCUUCAGGACUGGUCUGCGUCAACACCUGAACUAAGGAUAGGGAGUGAAAUAGUCGAACGUGUUGGCAACUUCACUUAUCUUGGAAGUCUGAUCAGCCCUAAUGGGUUGGUGUCUGACGAAAUCUCAGCACGGAUUCGAAAAGCUCGCUUGGCUUUUGCCAACUUACGUCACCUUUGGCGAAGGCGAGAUAUCCGUUUAUCAAUAAAAGGACGAGUAUACUGCGCGGCAGUCCGUUCUGUUUUACUUUACGGCAGCGAAACAUGGCCUUUAAGAGUUGAAGACACUCGUAAGCUACUAGUAUUUGACCACAGAUACCUUAGAAAUAUUGCUGGCGUCUGUUGGGAUCACCGAGUAAGUAAUAGUGAGGUUAGACGCAGGGUAUUAGGUAAUGGUGGUAAAUCAGUUGAUGAGGUUGUGAAUCUUCAUCGUGUUACGUAUGCCUGAACACCGAUUACCACGUCAUACAAUGCUAACGGGUGUUAGAGAUGGUUGGAAGAGAAUUAGGGGCGGCCAAAUCAAAACGUGGCAUCAGUGCUUGAAGACACUAACCUCUUGUCUAAGCCAUGUUGGUAGAUGCAGACUACUUGGUUGGGGUCCGUGUGACUUUCGUAACCGAUGGUUGAAGACUCUGGGUGACAUGGCUCAGAAUCGAUCACAAUGGCGUAGGUGUAUGCACUCCCUGUCUUCCCUUAAACUAAAAGAUUAAAAUCACUUCAUAUCUUUCUUUCUACGGACUAAUUCCUUCUUCCUGUGCUGUAUCCUUAUAUGCAAUCUUUCUCCUAUAUAUUACCACCUUUGACCUAACCACUCCUAUGAAUCCGGUGUUCAUCUUGCUGUGCUAAUGAGGUAUGGCAACCUGGACCGAUGCAUAUAUGUGCCUGGUCCUAUGUUGUAGCUGACUGACUGUCCGGUUUAGUAGUAUUGCUCAACUUCCCAAGUCACAGUUGGUGGAGCAAAGCCUAAGCAUUACGCCUAGUAGUCGAAAAUCUUGUGCUUAAAUCACAUCGCUGCAAUUUUUGUCUAUAAGUUAGUUGUAUCGGUAUUUGAAAGAACUGGGUGAUGGACUCGAACCACAUUUCGACUGCUUCAGUUUCAGUAACCAAGUAGCAUCACUUGUCUUCAUGCGAAAACACGGCUAAGAAUCCAGUAAAUGUAUCUGCAGUUUGCUAUUCAGUUUCAGUAUCGAUAGAAAGACAUGUAAUUUUGUUUUCUUUCUGUGUUAGUGUGUGCGAAAAUGGUGGCUCGCGAAAUCAAAUGUAUUACAUACUCCCAGUGUAAAACUAAGUUUAUCAUGCAGUCGGAUGGGACCAUUUUGGGGCCAGUUAGUUCCAGAAAACAAAGCAUUCUAUUCGGGGAGAUGGGAACCUUCCUUGUCUGGAAAAGCGUUUUCGGGUUUGUUUACUUUUUGCGGAUUUCCUCAAAGAAAUUUAAAUUUUCGUUGAAAUUAUGCUUAUCUAUCAUUCAGGACUACAUAAACUUGUCUUCGUACAUUACUUUUCUAGGGUUGAUCUUUAAAAGUUAUCCCUGUAGAGCACUGUAAUAUUAUAAUGUUUCAUAAUAUUUUAUUCUCACUCAACGAAAUUUUUUUAGAUAAAAAAACUUGAAAUCAGUCUAGUAUUAAAACUUCAGUGAUAGAUUAUAAUAUUUAGUGAUGUUUGAACGAACGGGUAGUGAAAUUUGUGUUUAAUUACAAAAUCAGGAAACUGUAACUAACAGCGGCUGUAUUUGCUGUUCGUUUUAGCGUAUUCACUCUGUAUUGUAUGGCAUUUUAAUGGUCAAAGAUAUCCAGCAGUGUAAAUCGUAACGUCUAAAAGUUAAUCAGCUCCUUAUUGGUUAGGAUACUUUCCUUUCAAUAAUUAGGUUGCAGGUUCGUUUCUCACUCAACUUAUUGGAUUUAUAUCAACUUUCAUCAACAGAAAUGCAACUUAGAGCCGAGUAUAAGAUCGUGCACUUGAAUUCUGAGGAAAAUUGAAUUGUAUUAAUUAGUAGAUUGUGUUCGUCACAGAUCGAUCACAGUUGGAACAUCAUUGAGGUAAUGAGUCGCGACUGGUUCAGUUCAGACAUGUGAGGAGUGAAAUACUAAGAUAAAACAAAUGCCGUGCUACAUCACAAAUUAAUUGGGAUUGAUAUUAUACCACUGGACUCUGACCCAUUAUUUUUAACAGUUAAGCUUUCGCUACGAGAUCUAAAAGUGUUGGUCUUGACCCCUGGUGGGGUUGUUGGCGCACACUUCUGAAGUGUCCCAUAUUAGGACAAAAUAGCUCAUUAAGUUUUCAGUAAUACUUCAACUGAGGAUAUACCUCUAUGACUAAUACAACCUAAAAACAGUCAAUUCCCAUAAAACCCCUUCAACUAAGUUAAUUAUUAAUAGUUUCGAAUAUUGAGCUAUGUUGACUUCCACUGUGUUACAAUACUUUCUGUUAGCAAAAAAAAACAAAAAAAACAGCGAUGGUUAGAGACCCUGAAUGACAUGGCUCAAAAUCGUUUGCAAUGGUGCAGGUGCAUCUACUCUUUGUGUUCUUCCAAAUUCUAAUUUCCUGAUUCCUCCUUGUCUGUUUUUUCUCUUCCCAAAUUUAUUUCACUGGAUUUUACUCUUUCAAUAACAUCUCCAAACCCCAAUCUUUCUGAUUACUGUUUAUACUCUUACUACCUCUACCACUAUGGGAUUUGAAUCGACCACUGCAUCUCUGUGCUAAUGCGAUAUGGCAACUCGAACUGAUGUACGAAGUUCUACGUUGUUACUGACUGACUUUUUGUUAGCUGAUUUUAUUUCUAUUUUCAUCGGUUUUGCCUUUAUUUACAAUUAUCUUGUUCUGUGGGGAGGGGGAGGAGCGUUGUAUAAUCCACAGUAUACUAAUAUUAAGAUUUUACUUAGUGUAACUGAACUGAAUUACUAUAUAUUUUCUAAUCUGGUGUUCACACAGUCUAAGCUUCUAAGAAGUUUUAUUCUUUUGCUAACUGGCAUUCGAUGAAUAUUCGGUUAGUUAUUUUACCUGUUUCACAAUCUAAAUUCAGUUGAUUUUUAUUUUUUGUUUUGUAGUCCUUAGGGAUAUGAACUCUUGAAUACAACUAUUCUUUGUGGUUAUAGCUUUCAUUAGUUAACGGCCAACAAUUCUCAAUAGAUAACUAAUAAUUUCUCACUUUAGACACAUUAAAGUUGAUUAAGCGAUUCUUAGAAAUAACUCAUGAAAUCCUGUUAAUAAUAGCCUUCAACUAAAGUUGUUCAGAAGAGUAUUCGAAAGUAAGUUCUGUAGGUUAAACGAUUAUUUUAUUAAACUGGUUCUCACCAUAGUAUCAGGUUAAUUGGAGUUGGCAUGACUUUUGUAGCAUUCCUGUAAAUACAGUAUUGUUCUCAUCCGUCAUCAUACCUAGUUACAUAUAUUCGUAAAUAUUUAUUUAUUCUAGUUGUGAAUCCGGCUACAGGUGAACAUUUAGGUUUGGUUCCAGCUUGUUCAAAGAAUGAAUGUGAGAUUAGCGUCAAUGUAGCUUCAGUCAGUCAAAAAGAAUGGAAAUCGAAAACGCCGGGGGAACGAUCGUCAGUUAUACGUAAAUGGGCAGAUACUAUUCGACAGAAUGUUGACUCAUUGACGGAUCUUAUUGUAGCUGAAAAUGGGAAAUCGUCAUUCGAUGCACGUAAUGAAGUUCUGUCAGGUGUUUCCGCUCUGGAAUGGUAUGCUGAGGAAGCUAAACGUGUUUUUGGUCUUUAUAUUCCAUCACUAAGCUCUCAUUCACGGCGUCAGCUAAUUGCUCAACAACCAAUUGGCGUUGUUGGUGUAAUUACUCCGGUAAUUAGAUCAUGCUUCCUUUUUGUUGUAUUGUUUUACCCUCCUAAUCCUAGUUGUUUGUGUGAAUUAGUAAUAACACGUUAUUAUUCACAUUUUUAUAUGAAACUUGUUUAAAACAUGUAGAGUUAUUAUAUUUGAAAUCUCACCUAAUAUUAGGAGGCCCUAAAACGCCGGAUGUACUUAUAAGUCCGAAAAUCAGUUGAAUGGAGUCAUUGAAUAAAAUAAUGGAGUCAAGUGACUAAUUUAUCCAACAUGCUUUCGUUGGUACAGUUAUCUACAGGAUGUAUUUAUCACAUCUGGUAAUUGGCAGUUACUCAUACUUUCUGCCUUUUCUUUCCUUAUUAUGAGAUAUUGACAUUUUUUCUUCUACAAGUUACAACUAAUUUUGAUAUCUUGAAUUCGAUUAUGCUUAUAAUAAACUGAGUUUUAUCAUACAAUUAUUCUCUCAAUAUUUUCAAUGAUUUCGCUUACUCACAUGGUGAAAUGUUCUUAUACGUUUGGAAAAAGAAAGAGCUGUGCUACAUUCAAAGCAAGUAAAUAUUUAGAAAAAAUCACUUCAUAAUUAACUGAUUAUGAAAGGAAAGUAAUUUAUGGUGAUUUUUAUGUUUACUAACAAGUUGAAAAUGUUAAUGUAUUUUCAUAUACUUAGUGGAAUUUUCCACUUUCUAUGGUAACACGAAAAGUUGGUGCUGCUUUGGCUUCAGGAUGCUCUGUAAUUAUUAAACCAGCUGAAGAUACUCCAUUAACAUCAUUGGCUAUUACUUAUCUUGGUAUUGAAAAAGCGGGAAUACCUCCAGGUGUUUUGAAUGUAAUCACAGCCGCAGUUGAUGACAAUGGAGCAGAAGAAAUCGGAAAUGUAUUAUGUACUCAUCCCAUUGUUCGUUUAAUUGGAUUUACUGGCUCUACAGAAGUGGGAACGGCUAUGAAAUUUCGGCUUUAAUUUUCCAAACUCUGUUAUUAACUGAUCAUUACACUGUUAAAUGGACUUCAAUUUGUGUAAAGCCUUGAUAAAGAAAUAAAUUGAGAAGAAAUAUUUCUCCCAUCAUUUUGUAUUUUUAAAUAUAUAAUAAUUAUUAGUCACAAAAUCUUAUCAACUGACCAGUUAUGGUAACGCAAAAUUAUUAUAACUUGUGACCGCCAAUUAGAGGUCAGUGAAUUAUCGAUCGGAUCAAGUACGCGUAAAACACGUGCGAGCAGCCUAGAGUUCCGAUUGGUCCUGCUUUCCGCCUAGUCCAGCCAGUUAAGUCCAGAACACCAAUAUCAGCCUCUGCAAUAUGAAUCAUGUAUUUCAAACAUACUCUGUUUAUAUACCAACCAAACAAACCACAACGUACCAUAAAAUAUGAAACAACAUUUGUACAAGAUUUGGCCAAAUGUGGCUGUGAGUGUGGGAAGUAGUGAUUAACAGACAGGGCAUAAUUCAAGAAUGGUAAAGCGUAUAAUAUUAGUUCAUAGGUCAAAAUAAAACUUAUAAUAAGAGGAACAUGAAUAUGAAUAGUUUAGUUAUUUAACAAUUUCACGAUGCGUUUAGUUUUGGUCCAUAAAAGGAUCCCAAAGUUACCAUUCAUUAUUUUUAUCGGGACCUAACAAAAAUCACGGUGAAUUAAUUAAUAUAAGGAAAAAUGCAUUGAAAAUCCAAUAACUAAUUCCAUACGGAAUGAUAUAAUACAGUUGAAAGUCAAUGAACAAAAUUCACUUUGAAUAAAUCCAAUCAAUAAAAUUAGAAGGGGGUUUUCGUAGAGAUCUUUAGUAAUUUAAUAUUUGAAAUCAUGAGUUAAUUAAAGCUAGACCAUUAUAAAAAACCUGGAAGCACUGGACGGCCGUUUCAUCCUAGUAUGGGACUCCUCAACAGUUCGCAUUCACGACCCCGCCCGCAGGACUCGGACCCAAAACCUGUCGGUCUCGCGUGCAAACGCUUAACCUCUAGACCACUAAGCCAGCAUUCAGUGGUGUUAAUGUCUAACCUAUUGGAACAAACACCAAAACUGUCACAGAUAAAUAAAAUAUGCUGUUCUUCAAUUGAACACUACAUAAUGCAUCUGCGUACUUCUCACACAAAUGCUUGGUGUUGUUGUUGCUUUUGUGUUCUCGUUUCUGUUUUAUUUUCUGUUGUUAGUUUCAAACUGUUUUCUUAACUCUAUUUAUUAAUAGAUGCUUUACGCCAAAGCUGCUAAUUAUGGUAAACGCGUUCUUUUGGAAAUGGGCGGUAAUGCUCCGUUUAUUAUUUUUGAUUCUGCGAAUAUUGAGAAAGCCGUUACUGGCGCAGUAGGAUGUAAAUUUCGUUGUUCUGGACAAGUGAGUAUAGGUUUUGCAGUCUGCAAUGUACAUCAUAUUGCAUUUAUUAUUUCUUUGUGAAAUUAAGUUUUAUGUAUUCAAUUCAGUUCGUCCGUUCGAUACCUAAUUAGUAUUAUGUUUUAUGAAAUAGAACACUUGUUGUUUUGUUGGAUUAUUUAAAUCUCCUAGUUUCAACGAACAAUUUAUGAUCAUAUAUUUUAGUUGAAGUGGCCGUAUGUGCAAUAAUUUAACUUGUAGGUUGUGUUCGUUACAAAUUGAUCUCAGUUGCAGUAUCAUUGAAGGUUAGAAUUGUACUACUAGAUACCGAUAUAGUGGUCCUAAUGGUUAAGUGUUUUUCCUGAGACCCGUAGGUCCGGGGCUAGACCCCUGGUUGGAUUAUGGGCUCGCACUACUGGGUUAUCCUAUAUUGGGAUGAAACGGCUGUCUAGUACUUCCUGACCUUUAUUAGCAGUUCAACUAUUAAUUUUUUUGUGAAUCUGCUUUAAGACUAAAGCUUUAAACUUAAAAGCGAUGGAAGUAGGACAUUCUCAGGAUGAAUUAUCCCUGAAGACCUUUUCAAUAAACGCCAUUUUUUGUGAAAUGUUUAAUAAGUAAUAAUUAAAUGUAUAACCUGUGAGUUGGCUUACGUGUUAUAACUUUAGUGUGUUAUAUUCACGUUAAGAGGUAAAAAUGACUGGGUUGUGAAGAAUACUUUUCAGAUAUAGAAUAAAGAAUAUACAAACAAUGGAAUAUACUGAAAUUGCACCUGUUCAACACAAAAGAUGUGUAUGCAUGAAAUCAAGCACUCCGUAGAUAUUAUAUCUAUCAUUUACCAAGUUCUGAAACGAUAUACUUUUCGUACAAUGACUGUGGAAAUCCUUCAGUGAAUUGAUUGCUUUACAGCUGCUAUCACUUAGACUUUAUCAGAUACUUUACUGUUGGUUAGAUUUUAUUUCAUUCAUCUUGUAGUGAUCACAAUGUGUUUUUUAGGGGCUGUUAUACACCAUUGUUACAUGUUACAUAUAUUAUGAAUUACUUUAGUGUGAUUGAUGUAUUACUAG